GCAAAGAAGCGACCGGACAUCGAUGAGAACAUCCUCCACUUCUAUGGCGUUCACACACUGACUUCAGCCGUGCAAAAGGCUGCGGAGCCUCUCCUGUCACGGCUGCGAGGAAAUGGGAGCAUCACUGCAGACGACCUCUUUGCUUUGCCGCUCGGAGACGAGCCAAAAGAUGUAGCACUCUUCGAGAAGGAAGUGGAGUUCUGCCACAGCUGCAUGCUUUGCACGAACGAGCUUCCAGACCUAUUCAUGGAACAGGCAGCGCUCCUGCCUUUCGACUAUGCCCUUGUUCCUUUUCCCAUCGCUGUGGCUUUGUAUAUUUUAGAGAAGAUCGGCGGCCUCAACGCAAAGUUGACGUGGUCUAUUUUCAUUACAACCUUAUGUUGGCAAGCGCAUAUCGACCUGACUGUCAGCCACAACCCAAAGAGACCGCGGCAGAGGAUCCGUCCAAGACUGCCAACAUAUGCGUGCGCCGAACCAGGGAGCAAAAAGAGCCCAUGCCUUGACACCUUUUUGCAUAGUGGGGUCUACAAAUGGCUCCGGGACCUGUUUCCCUAUCUUUUGGCAGACACGCCGGCUGGUUACAGCUUCAGCGGUGGUUCCACAGCCAAGGCUUGCGAACAGCUCUUGCAGAACGAUGGAUAUUUGGGCAUCCUGGUGGACGAGGCUUCCAGCUUCUUUCCGCUCAGCAUGGCCACGAAAGGAGAUGUCAACAAAAGCCAACACCUCAAGCCUCAGCUGCUGCUGCCCUUCCGAACAGGCGCUCCGCCUGAGCGAAUGCUAUUGAAGCGCAAAAAGGAUCUACCAGCCACACAGGUCGCCAUGGUUUUCUUGAGUCAGUUCCCGGCGGCGCGAUCUUUUCUGGUGCCGAUUGUGAAGCACUUAUCCAUUGGUUGGGCACAGGGCUUCAUAUUCACAUACAGCCGUGACGAGCCUUUGUUCUAUGACGAUGAAGCUGACGACAGCGCUGUACUAGACUUCUUCGUGGAGCUCCUGGAAAUAGUCUUGCGCGCCUACGGACCCAGGGCAUCGUGCUUGUCGGUCCGGAUGAAUGAGCUCUCAAUCCCGUACUACAGGCUCCUCCACGACAUGAUCCAGAAAUGCAAACUCCAGGGCUUUCCGGACGACUCGCGAAACAACUUCAGUAAAGUUGGCCAGUGGGCGCCCUCCUAUGCAUUUGCUGCCCAUGCCAUGCGUGAAGCCUGUCGCUAUGGCCAGUUUCGUCGCUCUGUUGCAGACCUUUGCGAAUUCAAGCCUGAGGGAUCUGCUUGGUUGGCAGCAGAGUACCCAACCUGUUGGACGCCAGAUUCACAG